UCAGGGGGCAGAUCGUAGUCAGGAUGACGAUGACUUCGUUUCUGCUUUCUAAAAAUCACCCAACUCUGAUAAAGGAUGGAUAGAUAGAUAAGCUCAAAACUCCCCCAAUUUCGUAAUCCUCACUCCAAACCAUCCUCAAAACCCUCACUCCUCUUCACACUAUCCAUUUCCAGAUAGAUAUCGAUUCCUUUCAUGCAUUGAGGGACGCGAAAUUAAAGCCAAUAGCCAUGGCGAUUUCCGAUGCGGUGGUGGGGAAUUUGACCACGCUCUACCUGGCGGCGAUAGUGGCGAUGAAAGUGUACGGCUCCGUCACCGGCCGCAGCUUCGGCGGAGGAUUUGUAUUGAUCGCCUCCACGGCCGCGGUCGGCGCUCUGCUCAUCGCGAGCCUCACGUGGGACGUGUCGCGUAAGGCAACGUACGCGCUCACUCGCCGCCACCGCCUCCGUCACCAUAAUCAGCCGCAACAGAACCACCACGACGGCCAUGAAAUGUGCAGGGGAGGUAUCUGCUGGCACGGCGUCGCCGUUAAGUCUCCGGCGUCUCAGGUCCGAUUCCGCCUCCCGCAGCCCCAGCCCCACAACCGCUUGUAGCGAAUUUAAUGCGUAUCGGUCAUAAAGAUAAGGUCGCAUUCACUUUUAAUUUUUUCCUAUCUCUGUAAGUAUGUAAUUAACCCCCCCCCCCCCCCCCCCCCCCCCCCCCCCCNCCCCCCUCCUGGCCCUUCCUACUUACUUUCUUCUUCUUUUUACUGAUAUAAUACAUAAUAUCUUGUGUGGGUGUGUAUGUAUAUGCUCCAUCUUGUACAUCUGAGAUGCUUUUCCCAACGAUUCCCAGCUUCUAUUUUGCUUCCCCCAGUUACUAUGAUGCAAUUAUAUGUGUUUAUGAAGCAAAUUAAAUUACAUACAGAA